AUGUCAAUUAGGCUGACGAUAAGAUAUAGAACAGAUUCUAUAGAAGCAAGUGUCAUGAUGACGGAUACUCUAGAAUCUCUAAAGUUAAGGAUUCAGGAAAUCACAGGCGUGCCUGUCGACUCUCAGGUGCUUUUGUUCAAUGAUAGGGUCCUUAGUGAUAAUAACAAGGAACUGAAAGAACUAGGAAUAGAAAGCGACUGCACUCUACAUUUGAAGAAGAAGAUGGAGGUGAAGAGAGAGGGGAAGAAGCCGGACUUUACGGCCUCGAUGAUGAAGAACCCUCUAGUUAAGAAUUUUCUAAAAAAUCCUGAUGCCAUGAAGAGUAUUGUUGAGAUGUUUCCCGGACUCAAGGAGGAGAUGAAUAACAACCCCGACCUCAGGAUGAUGAUGAACAGCUCAAAUUUGCAGGAUGAGCUGGAGAUGUUUUCCAUGAAUCCCGAAUACAUGAACACCCAGCUUAAGAACCUAGACAUAACGAUGUCCAAGCUGGAAAACAUCCCCGGAGGACUUAAUAUGAUAAGCAGUAUGAUCAAAGAUGUUCAGGAUCCCCUGUCCUCGGCACUGAAGGAAGGAAUGGGGAGGGGAUACAAGGUGAGGGAAGGAAGGAAAAUAGACAAACCCAUUAACGAAGCGAUUCCAGGCAAUAGCAGCCGCAGAGAGAGCCAGCUACUCAAGUAUAAAGAUAAGUUAGCAGAGCUCAAGCAGAUUGGAUUCAACGAUACUAGGCGGAACUUCAUGGCACUCAUGGCAUGCAAUGGGGACUUGGAGGGGUCCAUAAUGUAUUUACAAGAGCUCGACAGGAAGUCGUCGCCUACACAGAGGGCAAAAUAA